AUGGUGUAUGGGGGCAAGCCGAGCACCGGAUGUUACUUGUGUCGCAAGCGGAAGAUCAAGUGUGAUGAAGCUCGUCCUGGUUGUCGAAACUGUGACAUCUACGGCCGCCCAUGUCCGGGCUACCGGCCCGACGCGGUCUUUCGCAACGAGACCAGAAAAGUCGAGCGACUAGCAAAGAAAGACAUAAGUUCUUCCAUCUCCGAAUCUAACUCAUCUUCUUCUUCAUCUUCUUCUCAAGCUCUCACGGUCGUCGACCGCCAGCAUCAGCCUAGCUCCACUCUCAGCUUGCAUCGCAUUGCAGAUGCCACAUGGGAGAAUCGUGCACUAUGUUACUUCUUCGACCAAUACACCAUCGCUGACAACAAGGAUGAGGGCUUAAGCGGCCAUCUCGAGUAUCUCCCUCCUCUUUAUGCGCGUGCCGCCGAGGUCGAAAGCACCGCGAAAGGCUCUCCCGCUGCGUGUCUGCGAUCAGCAGUCGAUGCUACGGCACUUAUGACUCUUGCAAAUUCUUCAAAUUCCCCGCCUCUUAUGAUAAAAGCACGCUAUAAGUAUGGAAAAGCACUACGUGGAUUACGGGAAGCACUGGCAUCGCCUGAUUCCGCCGUCAAGGAUGAGACGUUUGCCUCCGUGAUGCUUCUUUCGCUGUAUGAAGAUAUCAGUGGCGAGAGAAAUGGGCUUUUCAGCUCACACACGGCUGGCUUUGAAUUUCUCAUGAAGUUGCGAGGCGAGGGACAGCUGGAUCACCGGCGCGGUCGUGACAUGUUCAACUUUGCCUAUGCACAUACCUAUGUCGAAAUUCUCGCAUUAGGAGAUAAGCCACGACAUGAUAUCGACUGGGUCAUGGGAUUGCUAGACCGUAACGACCCCAUCGAAGGGUUGAUGCUCGCAGCAUCAAGAAUCAGCCAACUCUUCGUGUCAAUGCAAAAAGCACCCAAUCCUCCCGAACUGGCCACAGUAGAGCAAUGGAUUGAGACCGGUCGCCGAUCUGACGAUGAGCUCUCGCAGUGGCCCUUACAACUUCCCGACCGCUGGCUUCCACUAAUCGUCUACUCUACAGCAGGCGAGCCCCUGAUGGUGUACAAGUGCAUCGCAAACGCCAUCAUCUGGAACUACUACCGUGCAGCCCGCGUCAUGCUCCAACAACUCCUCUUUAGCAUAAACCGAACCUACCUCUCCAUCAUAAAGAAAUCGGGAAAGCCUGACGAUCCAUCCCAGGCGGGAUCCGCUCUCGACGAAACUGUCCUGCGCGCAGUCGUCCGAGAAAUGACCACAGACGUUUGCAACAGCAUUCCAUUCUCAUUAUCAGACGUUGACGAACUGGGCCGUCCCACCAGUUCGCUCGACGGCAAACCCAUUCGCGCCGCGCAGGCCUUCGGUCUAAUUUGGCCGUUAUGGUAUAUCCUAUCCUGGGGUCUGCCAACCGAAGCACAGUUCAACCAGAUCCGCGAGGUGUUAUGGCGUAUUGGGUCCACGCUCGGCAUCAAACUGGCGUUGAUACUGGCACGUGAGGCUGAGCGCAUGCGUAGCGAACCUUCGGCACCUGCCGUCGGCUUCUCGGGCUGCUAG